CUUCCCCAACUGACGGACCAGCAGAAAACCAACAUAGAGGCCAUCAUGCUCGCCGUCAUGAAGAAGCUGACGUAUGACGACGAGUACAACUUUGAAAACGAGGGCGAGGACGAGGCCAUGUUUGUGGAGUACAGGAAGCAGCUGAAGAUGCUGUUGGACCGUCUGGCUCAGGUGUCUCCGGAGCUGCUGCUGGAGGCCGUACGACGAGUCUUCACCAACAACAUGCAGAACUGGCAGACGGCUCCGUUCAUGGAGGUGGAGGUGGCCAUCCGGCUGCUCUACAUGCUUGGCGAGGCGCUGCCGGCGUCCCACGGCGCUCAUUUCUCCGGAGACACGGCGAAGACGAGCGCGCUGCAGGACAUGAUGAGGACGCUGGUGUCCUGCGGCGUGAGCAGCUACCAGCACAGCUCGGUGUCUCUGGAGUUCUUCGAAACCGUCGUCCGGUACGAUAAGUUCUUCAUCGUGGAGCCUCAGCACAUCCCGAACGUUCUGAUGGCGUUUCUGGACCAAAGAGGACUGAGACACAACAGCCCGAAGGUUCGCAGCAGAGUCGCCUACCUCUUCUCCAGAUUCGUCAAAACGCUGCAUAAACACAUGAACGCCUUCAUUGAGGACAUCCUGACCCGGAUCCAGGACCUGCUCGAACUCGCUCCUCCUGAGAACGGCUACCUGGCGAUGCUGACCAGCGACGACCAGCUGUUUAUGUUUGAGACGGCGGGCGUCCUGAUCGUGAACAGCGAGUGUCCCGCGGAGAGGAAACAGGCGCUGAUGAGGAGCCUGCUGCUGCCGCUGAUGGACGUCUUCCGCCUGCUGCUCGCCAAACUGCUGCAGGAGACGGAGGAGGAGAGACAGGCGUCCCUCGCCGACUGCCUGAGCCACGCCGUCGGGUUCGCCAGUCGCACCAGCAAGGCGUUCAGCAACAAGCAGACGGUGAAGCAGUGCGGCUGCACGGAGGUCUACAGAGACUGCAUGCAGACCUUCCUGCCCGCGCUGAGCUGCCCCGUCCAGCGGGGGGUGCUGCGCAGCUCGGUGCGCUCCUUCCUGCACCGCAUGAUCAUCUGCCUGGAGGAGGAGGUGCUGCCCUUCGUCCCCGCCGCCUCCGAGCACAUGCUGAAGGACUGCGAGGCCAAAGACCUGCAGGAGUUCAUCCCGCUCAUCAGCCAGAUCACCGCCAAGUUCAAGGCGUUCUUCCAGCGAGCCAAGCUGUAGGAAAUAAAACUGGAAGUUCACUGGGAACCAAGAGGACACUUUCACAGGAAGUGGUCGUACGACGCCACUCACAACAAAAACAAUGGAACUUAGCAUAGGAGCCGCUUUUGCACUUAAAGUGAACGCGUAACGAAUCCCCGGUCCGUCUGAGUCGGGACGUGGACAGAAGGUCGGCGGACGGACGAACCCUUCCAGCCGCCGCCGAGACGAGCUGUCCACAUGGACUCGAGACGUAAAGGAGCUCGACCGAUGUGGAGAACUCUGUGGAAAGUCGUGUUUUUAGGAGCAAACAGAUGUGUGGGAGAAACAUUCGGUAAUUAUCCUUCCACGAUAGCUUUAGCUCACAUUAGACACCCACAUCUCACAACCUGCUAGAUUUGAGUUUGUUUGGAUGUUGUCGCCACAGAAUGGACAAAAAGAUAAGGGCUGAAUUGUAUUAUUUUUAUUCAAAACGUGGCGUUGAUUUAUUUUUAUUUGAUGGACGGUUGGUUUUAAGUUUGAAGUGAAACUUUCUUACAGCCCGGCUCGACUUUAUUUUCCUGAAUUCUCCAUUUAAAAGCAAAUACUGUCGGUAUUAUCUCUUUAUAUUUGUUACCCGAUGGGAUGUAGAUACUCCAGGUUCAGUUCAUUCAGCACCCGUACGGUGAGUUGAUAAUAAAAAAUUGAAGACAUGAUCCAGAAUAUUUUUGUUUUCCUGGAAAUAUGAGUAAUAUUUGUUUAUAAUUUCAGAUGGAAAUGAACAUAAAAUGGAGGAACAAAGUGUAAAUAAGAGAAUACGAUGCUAAAAAAUGUAAAUAAAGUUCCUAGGUUUAGUUUUUCUUUUUUAAAAUCUUCAUUCCCGUCUCGAAACUAAAUAUGGAAGCCCAUUUGUGCCAAAAAAGGAUUAAAAGUUGGAAAAAAUAAAAAUACUCAUUAAAGUCAAACUUUUGAGGAAAUACUUAAAAAGUAAAAAGUAUUUUUAUUUCUCACAUUUCCUAUUUUUGACUAAAGUGUAUUUUUAUUUAUUAUAUCAUAAUUUUGAUCUAAUAUUUUCUGUAUUUUUGACAUACUUUUGACUUUGUAUUCCAUAAUUUGUUGCAAAUGUGAGAAUUUUGAUUUAGCUAUCUCAAACUGUUCACUGAGUAAAAUUGAAAAUCGUAUAAUUUGGAGUUAAAGGUUUGACUUUUUUUGGUCCAUUUUUCACAGAUAAUUUUGUCCUGAUAAAUCUCACAAUUCUGACAAAAAAACAAAAACGAUUUCUCAGAUUAUAAAUUUGACUCAUUACGAGUGUUUUUUUUCUUGUCAUCACAUUAUCUUUUUCUUUUCUUGGCGUUAAUGAGCUUCCGUAUGAACGCAUGAACACAUCGAUAGGAAUCACGCGCGCACUGUAAAAACAUGAAUUUGCUCGUGUACAGAAGCGGCUCGAUGAAUUUUUUCUAUUCAAGCUUUUUGUGACAAUUCAGGAUGAUCGACACGUUGAUUAUGCAACGCUUUACAGCGAGCGAUACUGUGAAGGAGCUGUCAAACAGUAACGAAACCAAUCAGUGCGAGACGAUGAGAUCGAACUGUACAAACUGUGUCUGAUUAGUUUCUAACCGUCGACUCUGCAGAUUCUUCAGUUCUUUAAACUUUGGCUGUUGUGACGCCUCUCUUUGUUCUGACCCCCCCCUCAAUGUACCGUUUCCCCUGUUUGUGAUGUUCAGUGCAUUCCUUGUAAUUUGGUUUGAUCUGAUUUCAGCUUUAAAGUUUUUUUUUUCCCAGAAACUUUGCCUUUGGAAAUCCUCCAGAGAAAGUGCCUGAAAGUGUUCGAUUAAAUGUGGUCGUACAGGCAUAUAAAUAAAGCCAGUUAAAGGUAAAAGUCUUCUUCUUAAGCCAGUCACAUCGUCGACAUACAAACACACACAUCUUGUUUCCGCUUCCUCCCACUGGAUACGAUCUCGGCCAGCUAAUUACCUAACUAACAAUUGAUUUAGAUUAUUUAGCAAGUUAGUUAGUGUUUGGUUAACGUAAGACAUAAAUACAGUCCCAUCUUAUCUUUUAGCCUUCUGCAAAAUGUGGUUUCUUUUCAACGCAGAUUAGCCUAGCACGUAGCAUGUCUAAGUACAGGAAAGGAGGAAGUUUUUAAAAAGGGGGCGUGUCAACAAAUACCACGAAAAAAGGUGAAAAUUGUAAAUUGGAGUACUUUAUUGGCUCUCAAAUAUAAAUAUAAAAGUUAAAAUAUAAAGUUUAUUUAAACAAAAGGCUCAGUAAAUUCAUGAAACAGCUGUUAGAGAUUAUUUUAGGUGGCGGAUUAAUAAACAUUAUUACAUUAUUAUUAGGAUCAGUUCAUUGUCGGUUCGGCUCUGUACGAGAUAUCUGUUGAGAAGAAGAAAUACAUAAAAUAUCACCAAAGUUCUCCUUAAAUUAAUUCAGUAAUUUCUGCAACCAGUCGGGAUGAAAACAGUAAAAUCUUAUUUUAACAAAACCAAAAAUGACAUAAACUUGAUGUUUGAGUUGCGUUCAACAAUAUUUCAGUUCAACUUUAAUCCUGGAAACGAUCUGGAGGUCGACUUACUCGCUAAAAAAAGCUAAUAAGUGGACUUUUAGCAGUCUUCACCAGAGUCGGAUGAGAAGAUGAAUAUCAGUUUAGCCUAGCUUAGCAUUUGUGCUAAGCUAACUAUGCUCUGUUGAGUUAAAACAGACGUUAUAUCUCGUUUAAUUCAAACACAAACUGUAACUUUAAUGCAGUUUCUGGUUGGACUGCUGCCAAUAUUUCUUGCUAAGCUAAACUAGGUUAACCACGUCCUUGUUGGGGAUAUUAAUAUUCACCUGAACGUCUCACAACAACCAUGUUUUUACCCAAAUAUUGAAUUAUUUCUUCGGUUAUUAACGUCUCCACAAUAUCACAGAACACAUCGUACCGUCGUAGUAUUCACUCCCUUCCUUCCUUCAUCAGCUGUUUUCAAAAGGACGUGGGAAAUAAAAAACGCCACUUAAAUCGGCCUCAUUAGGCGAUUAUUGAAUAUUAUUGAUGAAUAUUAUUGACGGGAGAACUGAGUUUUGCUCAUAUCGAAGAGAAACUUGCCAAAUGAAUUCAUUUGUUCAUUGAUGGUGAAAUGUGUUGAUUUUGUUUUGUUUUGAUAUGGUGAUAAAUCUUCUGUUAGAACCAAUAAAGUGUUUACUAAUCAUAAAGGAA